ACAUUAACUCUCUGGUCUUUCACACACAAACCCUUUGUAGUUUGGUCCGAAUUAACUAUUUAAAUCCUCAUGGUUUGAUACCAAAUUCAUUCAUGUUCCAUCGUUCUCGUUAGCCAUGGCAUCGACUUAUUCUUACAUGUUUUUUUCUUUUUUUCUUUUUCUCCUCAUCACUUCACAAUUCUCAUAUGCUAGAUAUCCCAAGGGCCAGCUUGACUUGUCUGCCAGCUUCCUGCCAAGACUACAUGCAGAAACGCAGAUAAGAGGGCUUAAUUUGUUCCCUAAGCAUGCCAUCAACGUACCUGCCUUUGAUGAUAAUGAACUGUUAGGCACUUCUUCUCCAAGUAUUGUUGAGAAACAAUUCCAAUUCCAUCUUCUUGGUAACCCAGGGCCUUCUGUUCAAGAGUUUGGCCAUUAUGCUGGGUACUACCGCCUUUCCCAUACUAAAGCUGCAAGGAUGUUCUACUACUUCUUCGAAUCGCGGACUAACAAGAAUGAUCCUGUUGUCAUAUGGUUGACAGGAGGGCCAGGAUGUAGCAGUGAAUUGGCAUUGUUUUAUGAAAAUGGUCCUUUCAAUAUUGCAAACAACCUGUCUCUUUCAUGGAAUGACUACGGUUGGGACAAGGCAUCAAAUAUUAUAUUCGUUGACCAGCCUACUGGAACUGGCUUUAGUUAUACGACAGAGGAGACUGACAUUCGCCACGACGAAACUGGAGUCAGCAAUGACUUGUAUGACUUCUUGCAGGCAUUUUUCAAAGAGCAUCCUCAGUUGACGAAAAAUGAUUUUUACAUAACUGGAGAAUCUUAUGCUGGGCACUACAUUCCAGCAUUAGCUUCUCGGGUUCACCAAGGAAACAAAAAGAAAGAAGGAAUUCAUAUAAACCUCAAGGGUUUUGCCAUUGGCAAUGGUCUAACUCAACCUGACGUUCAGUAUAAAGCAUACACUGAUUAUGCUUUGGACAACAAGUUAAUCGAAAAACCUGAUUACGAUAGCAUUAACGAGAUGAUCCCAGACUGCGAACGAGCAAUCAAAGUUUGUGGAACUGAUGGUGUAUCUACUUGUGAGGAUGCAUUUGACGUUUGCAACAACAUAUUUCAGAGCAUCUUGCAAGUUGCUGGCAAUAUAAACUACUAUGAUAUUAGAAAGACAUGCGAGGGCAGUCUAUGCUACGAUUUCUCAAACAUGGAGACAUUCCUGAACCAGAAAACAGUAAGGGAUGCUCUAGGCGUAGGAGAUAUUGAAUUUGUUUCCUGCAGCAGCGUGGUGUAUGAUGCCAUGACAAGAGACUGGAUGAGAAAUCUUGCAGUAGGAGUUCCUGCUCUCCUAGAGGAUGGUAUCAAGGUGCUUAUUUAUGCUGGAGAGGAGGAUUUGAUAUGCAACUGGCUGGGAAAUUCAAGGUGGGUAAAUGGCUUGGCAUGGUCUGGCCAGAAAGACUUCGGAGCAGCUCCAACAGUUCCAUUCGUUGUUGAAGGCAGAGAAGCAGGACAGCUGAAAAGUCACGGUCCUCUCAGUUUCCUAAAGGUUCACAAUGCUGGUCACAUGGUUCCAAUGGAUCAGCCAAAAGCUGCAUUACAAAUGCUGAAGAGCUGGAUGCAAGGAAAGCUUGCCGUGACUGGCACUAAAGAUUGGAUUGCUCCCCAGUAAUUUGCCUUCACUGCCUUGGCAUUCUCAAGCAUUGUCUCACACCCAUGGUUUUCAGCAAUGAUGUUUUGUGCAUUUCUCCAAUGAUAGAUUCUGCUAAUCUCAAUAUUCAUGUUCUCAACUCCAGAACAGAUACAAAAUAAAAGACACAUACAAUUUUCACUUA